AUGUCUGGCGAACGUAGUCCUAAACGCCGCCGCUACGACGAAUCCGACGAACACCUCUCGAUCAAGCCUCGAUUUGCACCUCACCUCCGAGAUGGGAACCGCAACGGCGACUCGCGAUCCUCCACCCCUCGAGGCUACCGCGAUGGUACCCCGUCGAGACCACACGCCGAGUUCGACGGCCCCGAGCCUGGCGUGGACGACGAAGACGCAGCCGCCUUAGACCGCGACUGGUACAACACCGCCGAAGAAGGCGCGGUGUUGGGCGACGACAUGCACAACCCAUUCGGCGGGACGGACGACAUCUCAUGGGCGGAUCAAGAGCGGGAGCGUCAACUACUGGAGAAGAAGAUGGCGGUGCGAAGUAGAGUGAACCCGAAACAUUUACAGCGGCAGAAGGACAAUGAUGCUUGGGAAGCCAAUCGCAUGCUCGCGAGUAAUGUGGCACAAACGCGGGAUCAGUACCAUGAUUUCCAGGACGAUAAUGAGGAUAUGCGGAUGCAUUUGCUGGUGCAUGAUCUCAAGCCGCCUUUUCUAGACGGCAAGACGGUGUUUACGAAGCAGUUGGAGCCGAUCUCUGCGGUGCGGGAUCCACAGAGCGAUAUGGCUGUCUUCUCGCGGAAGGGAAGCAGAGUGGUGAAAGAGAAGCGGCAGCAGAAGGAACGGCAGAAGCAGGCGCAAGAGGCGACGGGGCUGGCGGGGACGGCGUUGGGGAAUAUCAUGGGUGCUAAGGAGGAUGAUACUGAUUCUGCUGUUCCGAAUGCGAACGGAGCGGAAGAGAAGAAUCAGGGGAGCAAGUUUGGUGUGCAUAUGAAGAAGGACACCGGGCAGAGCGACUUUUCGAGGUCGAAGAGCUUGAGGGAGCAGAGGGAAUAUUUGCCUGCGUUUGCGGUGAGGGAGGAGUUGUUGCGGGUAGUGAGGGACAAUCAGGUUACGAUUGUGGUUGGACAGACGGGGUCGGGGAAGACGACGCAGUUGACGCAGUUUCUUUACGAGGAUGGGUAUGGCAAGGAUGGGUUGAUUGGGUGUACGCAGCCCAGACGUGUUGCUGCAAUGUCCGUGGCCAAGCGGGUGAGUGAAGAGAUGGAAAUUCCGCUGGGAGGGUUGGUGGGCUAUGCGAUUCGAUUCGAGGACUGCACUUCGAAGGAUACGGUCAUCAAGUAUAUGACGGAUGGUGUGCUGUUGAGGGAGAGUCUUUCGAACUCAGAUCUGGACCAGUACAGUUGCAUUAUCAUGGACGAGGCACACGAGCGAGCGCUAAAUACGGAUAUACUGAUGGGCUUACUCAAGAAGGUCUUGACACGACGACGAGACCUCAAGCUCAUUGUCACUUCGGCUACGAUGAACGCCGAGCGGUUUUCGAGAUUCUAUGGCGGAGCGCCUGAGUUCUUCAUUCCAGGUCGGACGUUCCCGGUCGAUAUCCAAUACUCGCGCUCACCCUGCGAGGACUACGUUGACAGCGCAGUGCGACAGGUGCUUGCGAUCCACGUCAGCCAGCCAACAGGCGAUAUACUGGUGUUCAUGACCGGCCAGGAAGACAUCGAGGUCACCUGCGAGCUGAUCGCAGAACGUUUGGCUCAGCUCAACGAUCCACCGAAGCUGUCAAUCCUGCCCAUCUACUCGCAGAUGCCUGCGGAUCUGCAAGCGAAGAUCUUUGACCGAGCGGCGCCUGGUGUAAGGAAGUGCAUUGUCGCAACGAAUAUUGCUGAAACAAGCUUGACAGUCGAUGGCAUCAUGUAUGUUGUCGACUGCGGUUUCAGCAAGCUGAAAGUGUAUAACCCUCGUAUGGGCAUGGAUACGCUUCAGAUCACGCCAGUUAGUCAGGCCAACGCUUCUCAGCGAGCUGGCCGAGCUGGCAGGACUGGCCCCGGCAAAGCAUUUCAUCUCUACACUGAGCGAGCUUUCCGGGAUGAGUUCUACAUCGCCACCAUCCCCGAGAUCCAGCGGACGAAUCUUGCAAAUACUGUCCUCAUGCUUAAGAGUCUCGGCGUCAAAGACCUGCUGGACUUCGACUUCAUGGACCCGCCACCGCAAGACACAAUCACUACUUCCCUCUUCGACCUCUGGGCUCUCGGCGCACUCUCAAACCUCGGCGAGCUCACCGACCUAGGCCGCCAAAUGUCGCCCUUCCCGAUGGAUCCCAGCCUGGCCAAACUCGUCAUCGAGUCGAGCCAAUCUUACCGCUGCAGCGAAGAAAUGGUCACAAUCGUGUCCAUGCUCAGCGUCCCCUCCGUCUUUUACCGCCCCAAAGAGCGCCUCGAAGAGUCCGACGCCGCGCGCGAGAAGUUCUUCGUGCACGAUUCCGAUCACCUCACUCUUUUGACAGUCUACCAGCAAUGGACCGCCAACGGCUGCCGCGACGGCUGGUGCGUGAAGCAUUUCUUGCACCCUAAAGCGCUGCGUCGAGCGCAGGAGAUCCGGAACCAAAUCACGGAUAUCAUGAAAUCCAACAAAAUGGAGCUCGUGUCCUGCGGUUACGACCUGGAUGUUGUCCGCGAGUGCAUUUGCAGCGGGUACUACCACCAAGCUGCCAAGCGGAAAGGGCUGGGCGAGUACGUGAACCUGCGCACGUCGGUUUCUGUGCAGUUACAUCCGACUUCUGCUCUUUACAAUAGUGGGGACCCGCCGGACUACGUGGUGUAUCACGAGUUGAUCUUGACGAGCAAGGAGUACAUGAGCUGCGUCACGGCUGUCGACCCGCAUUGGCUGGCGGAUCUGGGCGGGGUAUUUUACAGCGUCAAAGAGAAAGGUUUCAGUGCGAAAGGGAAGAAGGAGAUUGAGUACUCGAAGCGGGAGGAGUUGGAGAGGGGGAUUGCGGCGGAUCGUGCGAGGCAGAGGGCGGAGGAGGAGAGGGAAAGGGGGGUUGUGAAUGGUGUUGUGCAGGUGGAGAAGCCUGUGCCGAAGAAGCCGGCUACUGUGAGUAAGGGGAGUGCGGUUGUUAAGCCUGUCAUCAAGGGCAGGAGAAGAUAA